AUGUUUCUUGAAGCUGAUAAAGAACCUGCCCUUCUCGGGCCCUCGGACUCGAGCCCAGAUGGCGCCCUGCUGGAGGUGGAUCCUCGACCGUCUCCUUCAUCGCCACCGGGGGUCUCCUCCGGCGCCGCUGCGGCUCCCGAGUGGGCACAGCGCGGCGAUCACGACCACACCAACCGCAUCAUGACAGGUCGUACUAGGAAAUCAGUAAUUGACAGCUAUAUUUCUUCAAAAGCAGUGCAUUCAUUCGAACAUGUUUUAUUCAUCAAAAUCAAACACCAAAAAGUUAAUAUCAGGAAAACUAUGAACAAAGUAAACAUUGCAGCUUUCAAAAGCAGUUCCCUUUCCCGACCCAUAAAACCCCAAGGCGCCCUGUGUGACUGCCACGGUGCUUCUGUGCUUCCAGGUCCCACCAAUGUGUCGGUGCAGAUGUUCAUCAAUUCGUUCGGUUCGCUCAACGCCGCCAACAUGGAUUACACGGUUGACGUAUUCUUGCGGCAGCGAUGGAACGACCCGCGGCUCGUCGACGCCGUCAACCAGAAGGACAAGAUUACUAUUACGAGCAAUGAGUUGCAGAGCAAAAUCUGGAAGCCGGACACUUUCUUCAACAACGUGAAGGACGCGGAGCUUCACACCGUCACGAUGCCCAACGUUUUGUUGAGGAUAGAAAACAACGGAGAUGUUUUGUAUAGCAUCAGACUCACGCUCACGCUCUCCUGCCACAUGGACCUUGAACUCUUUCCCUUUGACGACCAGAAGUGUUACAUUGCCCUCGCAUCCUACGCCAACACGGAGGAGGUCAUUGACUACGAGUGGGCGAGCGACAGUCCCAUCGACCUGCCUGAUCAGCUGGAGAUCGCCCAAUUUGACCUUCUGAACUACACUUGCAAGGAUACAACCCAAGUCUUCACUACAGGUAACUUCAGCGGUUUGUUGGUCUACUUCAACUUGCGUCGCCAAAACGGCUACCACGUCCUGCAGACCUACGUGCCCACCAUCCUCAUCGUGUCCAUCUCGUGGGUGUCCUUCUGGCUGGACCCGAACGCCGUGCCCGGGCGAGUGUCCCUCGGCGUCACCACUCUGCUCACCCUCACCACCCUCGCCUCGGGCAUCAGGGCAUCCUUGCCGCCUGUGUCCUAUGUCAAGGCCAUCGAUGUGUGGAUCGGUACUUGUAUGAUCAUGGUAUUUGGAGCGCUGCUGGAGUUCACGCUGGUCAACUGGCUCGCCAACAAGAAGGUCAUCGAACAUUCCCAAACCAUGUUCAAGAUACCCAGACUGCUGGCCGGAUCUGAUUCCGCAGAGACGAAGGCGCAGGAAGAGGAGCCGUCUGCAGCCGCCAGCCCCAAGACGUACAUCACCUACGCCCGCGCCCUGGACCGCCUGUGCCGCGUCCUCUUCCCCGGAGGCUUCCUCAUCUUUAACUUGGUCUACUGGCCCUACUACCUCGUGCACCAGUACAUGGCGCUUCCGCAAAGCCUGGUUUAGACAUGUAGAAUUCUGCUGCUGUGCAGAUCACCGUUUAUCAAUAGGGCUGUUCUGUUUGUGUGCUGUGCAUUGGGCAAGCUUCUUUUUCGUUUGAGAGUAGGAAAUAUUUAACAUUAACUAUGAUUCUAGUGCAGUUGGUUUGUUGUAAUGUUUCUUUCCUCUUAUCAGUAUUGAUGUUUCUGCAAAAUCAAUAUCUAAUGUCUUUGCAUAUACAGUAUCAUUCUGAUACUAUAAAUGCCAGAUUAACAUGGCAGUGACAAAAUUUCAGAUUUAUUGUGAGUUGACACAACGGCCUCAUUCAUAAAGUACAGCUAGACUUUAAAAAAUCCGGCUAUCGAUAAUCCGAUCCCUCCGAAACGCAUUUUCAAAUUUAAUGUGUUGUCUGGAGUCGCCGUUUAUGUUUUGCUGGCGCAGUAUUCCAGGAAUAGCUGUUGACUUCUUGUUUGCACAUGCUAACUGGCAUUCCUGCUCAUUCCUUCUCCUUUUACCUUUCUUUGCUACUGUAUAGCUCCAUGAUGGAUUCAUCAAAGAAAAGAGGUGGUGUAUAACGUAAAUAUUGUGUGCUGAUUGUUGAGAAAGUGGAAAUGCAAAAAAAAAAAAAAAAAAAAAAAAAAAAAACUUGAAAGCAUCGUGUCUAUGUGAACCAUAAGUGAAACAUGACAUUUGUGAAACAUAUAACGUACGUUCUUCAUUUAGUUUUUGAUUUUCAUUCGGUAAAGGAUUGCGCUUAGUCAUAUUCUGUUAAAUAUAUUCAGCAUAUAUAACCUCAUAAAAUCCGGCAUUUUCGGAAAUCCGGCAUUCCCCAUGUCUGGAGGCUGCCGGAUUUUAAAAUGUCAACCUGUACUUUAAUAUCUUCAUUGCGAUAAGAUUUAUGGAGAGUCAUGUGCACAGUGGAAUACGGGUUGUAAUUAUCGUCACUAAUAGUUUUGUUGUAAUAUUAUUAGGUAAUCAAUAUGCUUCUUUUAUGGUCAUUUUUGAAUUGCCAAAUUUAUUUCUGAACAGAUCUCAAGGUUUUUCGUCUACGUUUAGUACUUGCAAAAGGUUGAUAUGAGCUUGCUUACUUGACAGGUGGUACAAAUAAUACAUUACAAGCAAGAAGGUAUGGGCAUGUGUACAUGCAUGUGUGUGCGAAGGUCAUGUAUUUUUUCUGUUCGGAGCUCAAGCUAUCUAGGGCAUUGGUUCUUAACCAAGGGGGUGUAAGUACUUCCAAAGGAGCAUACGAGUCCUAAGGGAAAAUUAAGAAUGUCUAUGGUUAUAUUUGCUAUUUUAACAAGAGCCUGGGCUAACUUUGAGCUUAUAUUAGAUGCAAAAAGCAUUGCUUUUACUAACUUGUUUUGGAUGGUCCAUCUCUUUGCCCUCAAAACCCUGGGGGAUUUCAUCAUGGGUGAAAGAACCAAUUCUUAGAGGGGGCGUGGCAGAUUUAAGAUAGUAUUGUUACACCCAAGUUUUCAAUAAAGAUGAAUGACCA